GGCCUGUCUGCACCAUGCGGCGUGUGUCGGCGCAUGCGCGGAGCGGGCAGCGGAAGCCACUCCCUCCUCUGUCCUUAUUACAGCCAUGCUGUGUGCUGGCGGUCUCUGCACCUUUGUCAGUCAUUGGUGCUCCUUCGAUGACUCGUACUGACUCACCUCGUCACCUGCUUGUUUCCCCGCCGCCGGCAUUUAGCAGAAUAAAUCCUCUGUAUGUGAAGGACCAGGAAACCGAAUCCUCUUCCUGCUUGAGUAACUAGAAGCCUACACAUUAUCGGAGUGUUUGGGAGCAUCAUGUGGAGGAAGGCUUCAGCAGCAGCCCUGCUUGCAUUAGCUGUUGGCUAUUUCUACCAUGGCAGCCCAGACCUGCCAGAGCAGAUUCUGCAGUAUAUCAGCCUGCCAAGCUUCCAGUCCUCAUCCGAGGGUACGGCUGGUCAGAGCAGUCUGGAGCGGGUGAUCUCUUCUGCCUGGGAGAGACUGAUAACUUUACCAAGCCGACAGUGGAGCAAAGUGGCAGUAGGGGUGAAUGCCUGCAUUGACGUGGUCGUCUCUGGAGUGGGACUGCUGCAGGCUCUGGCUGUGGAUCCUGGCACUGGCCAGGAUCACGAAGUGUUGCACUCCAAAGAGGACUUAAAGGAAGCCUUCAUCCAUUUCAUGGGACGUGGAGCAGCUGCUGAGCGUUUCUUCAGCGACAAGGAGGUCUUCCAGUGGAUUGCACGUGCAGCAGCAGAGUACCCCGGUGCCAAGCUGUAUGUGGGAGGGAACGCUGCCCUCAUUGCUCAGAAACUUGCCACCUACCCUGAUCUGAUGGUUUUACUAUGUGGGCCGGUGGGUCCUAAACUUCACGAGAUGCUGGAUGUACAGAUAGUUGUCCCUCCAGGUUCCCUCCAGGAGACGGAUGAAUAUCACCUCAUCCUGGAGUAUAAAUCAGGUGAACAGUGGGGUUCAACUCAGGCACCUCAAGCCAACCGUUUCAUCUUCUCUCACGACGUAUCCAAUGGGGAGAUGAGUUCACUAGAGACGUUUGUGGCGAGCCUGGAGGAGUUUCAGCCAGACCUGGUCGUCCUGUCAGGGCUCCACAUGAUGGAGGGUCAGGGCAGAGAGCUCUGGGAGGAGCGGCUCAAAGAGGCAGUGUCGGCCAUAUCUGAAAUUCGUAAAGACAUUCCCAUCCACCUGGAGCUGGCAAGCAUGACCGACAAAGACUACAUGAACAGCAUCAUGCAGGAGCAGGUUAUGCCUAUUGUCAGCUCCAUUGGGCUGAAUGAGCAGGAGCUGCUCUUCCUCUCUCAGGCUGGUCAGGGGCCUCACGCAGACUUGGCUGCCUGGAAAGGCAUCCCAGAUGUGAGCCAGGUCAGUGACAUCCUCUUCUGGGUCUUGGAGCAGUACGGCCGCAGUGACCCAUUGUCAGAGGCAGACUUUACACGCAUUCACUUCCACACGCUGGCCUACCACAUCCUGGCUACAGUGGAUGGAUACUGGGGGAACCAGGCGGCAGCAGUGAUGGCUGGAGCACGAGUGGCCAGCAGCCAGGCCUGUGGCCUAGAUUCGGUUGAUGUUAGCAAAGUGGAGCUCAAAGCCCCACUAGAGUUUUACAGCUCACACACUGAGCCACGAGAGAAGUUGUCCCUGAACCCUGCAAAGCCAGUUAUUGUGUGGCGUCGUGGAAAUAUCACCUUCCACUUCACACCAGUGCUGGUCUGCAAACAGCCGCUUCGGACAGUUGGGCUUGGGGAUGCCAUCUCAUCAGAGGGAUUAGUUUACUCAGAGUUAAAGACCCAGCUGCCCUUCUGAGAUGUACAGUACUUCAGUCUGACACUUGAAACGUUGAUGGGAAGUGCUGCAAAGACCCAGUGACGUUUCACCUGCAGCUGUUGUUGGAGCCAUGUUUCUGAACCAGGUUCUGUCUUCUUUCCCAAAGGCCCUCUGUGUUUAAGAAUUGAUCGAUGGCAUCAGUUUUAAAUCUUGCCUGAUCACUCCUCCAGCCUGCUUCAGUGUCCGUAGCCCUCUAACCUGUAAUCCUCCAGUAGACACGAAAAAUGAGGACCUGGAUCUUAUCAGGCGGUGAGGUGACCUGACUCCAUGGACUGGGUGCAGCUCAAAGCCAUCUUCACAAACUGCAAAGAGCUUUUUUGGCUCGCCUAAUAUACUUUGACCUGCAUAUCUUCAGUAUGCUGUGCCUUGAGAAAGUAAAAUAAUUUAAAAGUUAUUAAAUAUUUUAUUCAAAUUUGAGAGCCAAACAAACAUAAAUUUAAGCUUCACUUCAGUUACACUCCUGAUAGAUAUAUAUAUAAUAUACACACACACACACAAAUAAUUGUGUUUGACUGGAAACUGAUGAUGUCUUACUAUACAGUAGAAUCUAAAUGGAAUUAUUGAUGAUGACCUUUUGGUGCAUUCAUGUCAGACACACUUAAUUAUCCCAUGACUGUCAGACAUCUUUACAUGUAAUAACUGUUAUCUAAAUAUACUUGACAUUUUUGUUACUUGUCCUGAGGGAUAAAAAUACUAGAGAGUGUGAAAGAGUUUGUGUUUUCUUGGGGUUUGACCUGAACACCCCCACGAUCAAGAUGUUUUAGUUUGGAAAUUUUAUAGCAGAAACAACUGUUACUGUAUCCUCUCUGUUGCUUGUACAUUUUUAAAAUCCUGACACAAUUAUUCAUUUUUGAUUUAAAUAAUGAAAUGUUACACUUAUAAAUGUGUAUUUUAAACAUGGUUUUGAAGGGGAUCAUUGUAGUAGAUCAUGCCGGAGCUCAGUUUAUGGUAAGAUGCCGGCUAGAUUCGUUUGCCUGUAAAUUAAGUUAAAAGUAAAAUAAAAUUUGAACAUGUCCUGUAGGUCAUAUGUAAUCAGGGUUACUGCACAUGUUGGUUUGCUUCAUGUUUUGUUUUCUUUUCAGGUAUUGGUUUCCUUUACUCUUAAAAUGUGAUUAUAGAACAUGAUUGGCUGGAAAUCCAAAAAGCUGUCAGUAUAACAAACUGCAAGAGAAGCUUCCAGAUUUAAAUUCUAGCAUAUUUGUCAGCUAUGCUUUUUCAUAGGUUUUUGUUAAUUUUUGUGAACAAUUGCGCCUGCUUCAUCUUAGAUGUAUUGUAUGUAACCAUCAGAACAAUGUUUGUAUACCUCAAAUGGCCACUGAAGGCAAUACCGAUGGAGUCUUAAUGCAAAAGUACAACAAAGAUGUGUGGCAUUUUGUUGAACAGAAUUGAUUCUUUGCACUAGUAAGAAGGGGGAGGUGUGCCUGCAAAGGUGACUGUAAUGUCAACUCUGAACUCCUGUUAUUUUUAGCAAGUACAAUCUAUUCCACUUAACUCUUUAUUUUUUUAACAUUUAUAACUGUCAGCAAUUUUCAGUUACUUGUAGUUUGUCAUUAAAAUGUAUAUGGUUGGCUCUGUUUGGCUUAAUUGUGGUGAUGGUGACUAAGGUGCGUAUUUAUUAAUGUUAAGUAUUACAUGGUUAAGAAGUAAGGCUAUAAAUAAGACAAGUGUUUUUGA